UGGAAGGGCCGCGCAUGCGCAGCGGUGCCGGGCUCAGCUGUGCGGGAGGCUGUGAGCUGCGGCGGCCGCGGGAGGCGGAGGGCCCGGGCCACCGCUGAGGCCGCCGGAGCCGGCCGGAGCCGGCGCUGACGAGGGGCCAUGAGCUGGUUCAACGCCUCGCAGUUGUCCAGUUUCGCCAAGCAGGCCCUGUCUCAGGCCCAGAAGUCCAUCGACAGGGUCCUGGACAUCCAGGAGGAGGAGCCGAGCGCCUGGGCCGAGGCCAUCCCGUACGGCGAGCCGGGAAUAAGUCCACCUGUGAGUGGAGGAUGGGAUACUUCCACCUGGGGAUUGAACUCAAGCACUGAACCUCAGAGUCCACCAACAGCCUCUCCUAAAGCAAUUACAAAGCCAGUUCGAAGGACUGUAGUAGAUGAAUCUGAAAAUUUCUUCAGUGCCUUUCUCUCUCCAUCAGAUGUCCAAACCAUUCAGAAGAGUCCAGUGGUAUCAAAACCUCCAGCCAAAUCACAGCGGCCAGAAGGAGAAGUGAAAAGCAGUUUACAUGAAUCGUCAUCCCCUGGCCAGUCCAGAACUUCUGAAACAUCUGAGUCAGAAGUCAGAGAGACUGUAUGUGUCCCAGGAGAAACUCCGGCUGUGGGUCCUCCUUCAUCUGUACCUGAAGGCAAGCCUGGAGAAACUGCCAGUAAAGAGUCUGAGCUGAAGGUGCCCACUGUGCGACUGAAAGCUUCUGAAAAUAUAGUUCAUGUAAACUCAGCAACAGAAGAGCCAUCUCCCACAUCCGCCCAUUCUCUCACAGCAGAAACCAAGGAACAAAAACAUGAAGACAGACAGAGCAAUACACCUUCUCCUCCUGUUAGCUCCUUCUCAUCGGGCACUUCUACCACCAGUGAUAUUGAAGUUUUAGAUCAUGAGAGUGUAAUAAGUGAGAGCUCAGCUAGUUCAAGGCAAGAGACUUCAGAUGCAAAGUCGAGUCUUCACCUCAUGCAGACAUCAUUUCAGCUGCUCUCUGCAUCUGCUUGUCCUGAAUAUGGCCGCUUAGAUGAGUUCCAAAAGCUCAACGAGAGUUGCUGCUCAUCGGAUGCUUUUGAAAGAAUAGACUCGUUUAGUGUUCAGUCUCUAGAUAGCCGGAGUGUAAGUGAAAUCAACUCAGAUGACGAACUGCCAGGCAAGGGCUAUGCUUUAGUGCCUAUAGUAGUGAAUCCUUCAACCCCAAAGACUAAAGUAGCAGAAUCCACUGAAGAAAAAACUGAAGAGGAGGAAGGAAAUGAAACGUUAAUUGCACCUUCUGAAGAAGCAGAAUUAGAGGAAAGUGGCCGAAGUGCUACUCCUGUUAAUUGUGAACAGCCAGAUAUGUUGGCUUCUCCUACACCAGUAAAUGAAGGGCAUCUUGCCUCUGGACCAGCCACUGAGCAAUGUGAAGGUGCUGAAAGUCAGCCAGAAGCACCGCCCGGGAAAGAAGAUGUUUGCGAGACACUUGCAUUUCUGAAUGAGAAACUGGAGAAGAGGGAGGCUCAGUUGUUGUCUCUUAGUAAAGAAAAAGCACUUCUAGAGGAAGCUUAUGAUAACCUGAAGGAUGAAAUGUUCAGAGUAAAAGAAGAAAGUAGUAGCAUUUCUUCCCUGAAGGAUGAAUUUACCCAAAGAAUUGCAGAAGCAGAAAAGAAAGUUCAACUAGCCUGCAAAGAGAGAGAUGCUGCUAAGAAGGAAGUAAAAACCAUAAAAGAAGAACUUGCCACUAGAUUAAAUAGUAGUCAGACUGCAGACCUCUUGAAGGAGAAAGAAGAACAGAUUCAAGGGUUAAUGGAAGAAGGAGAAAAGCUUUCAAAGCAGCAGCUGCAUAAUUCUAACAUCAUUAAGAAAUUAAGAACUAAAGAGAAAGAUAAUGAAAAUGUUAUUGCAAAGCUGAACAGAAAAGCUAAGGACCUGGAAGAGGAGUUACAGCAUUUAAGACAGGUCCUUGAUGGCAAAGAAGAAGUUGAGAAACAACAUAGAGAAAAUAUUAAAAAACUAAAUUCUGUGGUAGAACGCCAGGAGAAAGAUCUUGGCCGACUUCAGGUAGACAUGGAUGAACUUGAAGAAAAGAAUCGAAGUACUCAGGCUGCCCUAGAUAAUGCAUACAGAGAACUUACUGAUCUUCACAAAGCUAAUGCUGCUAAGGACAGUGAGGUUCAGGAAGCUGCUUUGAGGCGUGAGAUGAAGGCUAAGGAAGAACUCUCUGCCACACUGGAGAAGGCUCAGGAAGAAGCCCGUCAGCAGCAAGAGGCAUUAGCACUUCAGGUGGGGGACCUUAGGCUAGCACUGCAACGGGCAGAGCAAACAGCUGCCAGGAAAGAGGAUUAUUUACGCCAUGAGAUCAGUGAACUUCAGCAGAGACUCCAAGAAGCAGAGAAUCGAAAUCAAGAACUGAGUCAAAGUGUUUCAUCAACAACAAGACCGUUGCUCCGACAGAUAGAAAAUUUGCAGGCAACUCUAGGCUCUCAGACUUCAUCAUGGGAGAUGCUUGAGAAGAAUCUUUCUGAUAGGCUUGGUGAGUCACAGACUUUGUUGGCCGCAGCAGUUGAAAGAGAACGUGCAGCUACAGAAGAACUUCUUGCCAACAAAAUCCAGAUGUCUUCAGUGGAGUCACAGAAUGCCCUCUUACGACAGGACAACAGCAGACUUCAGGCCCAGCUAGAGUCAGAGAAAAAUAAACUAAGGAAAGUGGAAGAUGAAAAUAAUCGGUACCAGGUUGAAUUAGAAAACCUAAAAGAUGAGUAUGUAAGAACACUUGAAGAGACAAGGAAAGAAAAGACACUGUUGUGCAGUCAGUUAGAAAUGGAAAAAUUGAAAGUUGAACAAGAAAGGAAGAAAGCCAUUUUCACUCAAGAAGCAGUUAAAGAAAAGGACUACAAACCGUUUUCUGUUUCUAGUACUCCCACCAUGUCACGCUCGAGCUCUAUAAGUGGAGUAGAUACAGCAGGGCUACAGACAUCUUUCCUGUCUCAGGAUGAGUCUCAUGACCAAUCAUUUGGGCCAAUGUCUGCAUCAGCCAGUGGAAGCAAUCUUUAUGAAGCUGUAAGGAUGGGAGCAGGAUCAAGUGUUAUUGAAAAUCUGCAGUCUCAACUAAAGCUGAGAGAAGGAGAAAUUAGUCAUUUACAGCUAGAAAUUAGCAAUCUAGAAAAAACUCGAUCCAUAAUGUCUGAAGAGCUAGUUAAAUUAACAAAUCAGAAUGAUGAACUAGAGGAGAAAGUGAAAGAGAUACCCAAGCUUCGAGUUCAGCUCCGAGACUUGGAUCAAAGAUAUAACACCAUUUUGCAGAUGUAUGGAGAAAAGGCAGAAGAAGCAGAGGAACUUCGCCUGGAUCUUGAAGAUGUAAAAAAUAUGUAUAAAACUCAAAUAGAUGAACUUCUAAGACAAAGGCUCAGUUAACUUGUGAAAUCCAUAUUCCCAUCAAACUGAAUGUAAACACUUAAUAUAUAAAUGCAGACUUCCAAUAAAUUCUUUUAUAGAGUUAGAAAAUGGGAUUUGCUGUAGAGUGUAAAAAACUUUUUAAAAAAUUCUUUUAUAGUAUGUAGUUAUAUUUGCAGUUAAAUUAUUUUGUGCAAUAUUUGAAUUUUAUUUUUGAAACUAUUCUUUAAAUUUUUUUAAAGCAUUUCUUUUUGUGCCUUGAAUAGCACAGAGAUUUAUUACUUUAUCCACAUAACAGUAUGGCUAGGAAAGGAGAUUGCUGUUCUCAUUGUGGAUAUAUAAUUAAUUGUAUUAUAGCUAUAAUUUAUAUGUGUUUGUAUAUAUUGAGAGACUUAAAGAGUAAUGUUAAUAUUGAAACUUUGAAAUCUUUCACACUGAAGUUGUUCAACAUAUUUCUUGAAAAUGUUUUCAGCAUUCAAGUAAAAAAGGUGAUUAAAUUUUUGUGACUACUAAAUUAUAAACUAAUAUUUUCCUUUAAAAGCAGAAGUCAUACUGACAUGUCUAAAAUUUAAAGAGUAAUCUAAGCUUAAAAAAUAUUUCUGUUUUUGAAAAUUUAUUCCAUGUGGCUUUCACAAUGAAGUGUGAACAAAUGUAGAUCCUUUUUGGUACUUAUCUAGAGAAAGCUCUAAACAGUCAAUAUUAGCUAAAAUAGUCAAUUUACUUUUUAAAAACUACUUGUUUAAUUUUAUACAGUUGUAUUUUGGGACAUUAAAAAUGAAUGUCUUAACACAGAAUCUCCAUAGCAAAAUGGAAAAGUUACAGGAGUACAUUUAAAUUGAAGAUUUUAUAAUUUUGUGAGUUCAAUAUUUUUUCCUUGAAGCCUCAACAAACAAAAAUAACAAAAAAGUAGUGUAGAAUAACUUUAGAACAUAGUUAUUAUGCCCUCUUCCAAAUAUUACAUUGUUUAAAAGUUAAUCAAGUUGUAUUUUAGACCUGUAAAAUACUUUGAUUUUAUUACUGAAAAUUAUUUAACUGCUUUCAUCAUAGCUCCUCUUUAUCUGUUCUUUUGUGGUUCUAGUUAAAGUUAACAAUAAGCCAAAAAUACAUGGAAAUUCUAGAAAUUAGAGUUUAUAAGUACAAAAUGUAUGCUGUUCAGAGUAGCCAGCUGGAAUCUCACUGUUGGACCACAUUUGUCCAGUACGUUCACACCCCUUGUUUAGUCACUGAUAUGUCAGCUAUUGGGUCUACUGUCAUAGUGUGGACACUGUGUUCUCUAAUGACCCAAAAGUGAAAAUGUCAAAGGUUAGCCAGAAAUUCUUCCCUUUAACAGAAGGAUGAAAGUCACUGUUGGCCGUCUUGCUGGAGGUGGGUAGCUUCCACUGUUUUAGGCAUUGAGAAGGUAGGAUUUCAAGUAAAGGCUAAGUUUUAGUUACAUUUUAAACAGUACUUCAGAACACCGCUGUGAGUAGCCAUCUUGCAGAAUGGAGACUUUGGGAGGUGAUUCAAGUGACCUUGUUUUUUUGUUCCUUGUUUUUCAUCCACACAGUGCUGUUGUCAUUGGGUCUCUCUGACUUGUAGCAUGAAUAAAUGUCCUGUUGGUGAAAGUCACAGUCAUAAAAUUAAGUUUCUAUAUGCUAGUGGUAGGAAACCUCCUCUUAACUAUCCUCCAGCUUUGAAAUAUGUUUAACCCGGGCAGUGGUGGUGCAGGCCUUUAAUCUCAGGACUGGGGAGGCAGAGGCAUGUGGAUCUCUGAGUUCAAGGCCAGCCUGGUCUACAGAUGGAGUUCCAGGACAACUUGGGCUACAUAGUGAGAUCCUGUCUCAAGAAAAACAGCAGCAACAACAACAAAGUCAACUUUUAAUAUUUGGGACAUGAUGACAAGUCUGACAGCAAUAAAAAUAUAGAGUUAAAGACAGGAAACCUCAAUUUCAAAAUUCUUGACAAGCAUUUGAAACUGGUAGUUUGGGAACUGUAAAUACUUUUUAAACAAAUAGUUUAAAAUGUAGCAGAGAAAAGACUUUGAAAUUAAAAUUUUCAAUAUUAAACUCUAAAUGUUACAAUAUCAACAUUAUUUUUCUUGGUCCUUAUUAAUAAAAUCAGCUACACUUAAA